AUGUGGCUUGAUUCUGAUCAGAUUCGUGAAGAACAAAACGUAUUAGUCAUAUCCAAUGACACUGAUAAUAAACAACAACUCAAACGAUCGAUCACCUGGUUAAAUGCAUUUUGGAUAUCGAGUGGUGUACCUGCUCUUGUUCUAUUUUCUAUUGGUGCUGUCGCUGGAACUGUUGGGAAUCCAUCUUGGUUCGUUUGGACACUUUCAAUCAUUAUUGGUUUUUUACAAUCAUUUGUUUAUGCCGAAAUUGCAGGAUUAUUUCCAAAUAAAUCUGGUGGUGGGUCAGUUUACGGAGCCAUUGCUUGA